AUGCAGCCUGACAUCUCGAAAUUGGAUAUUCCGCACGUCAAACCACUAGAUGAGAAUUGUCUGGCUUGGGCUGCCCGUGGCGAGUUGGCUUUGGCUGCGGGAGACCAGGUCAUACUCUUGAUCCCGGGCAACAGGGCUAGACCUUGGAGCGAGGUGAAAGUUCAGGUCAACAAAUUUACUACCACAGAAUGGCCACAACUGUCGGCCGAAGGGGCUUUUACAAUACACCAGCGUCAGGAGGCUUUACUUCCUGGUCACGACAAAGACGACCGCCAACUCACGCCAUACGAUAUUAUGGAACACAACCCGAAACAGGGUUCUGGAUCCCUCAAUUUUGUUGCAGCCACACGAGACGGACAACUCGAAGCUUUCGGCCUCGAGACAACAAGCCCUGAAGCUCCUAGCAAUCUUUCUAUACCGACCCGUAAGUCACAGGGGCAACCCUUUUCCGCGUGUCAGCAGUUGUCGAACGCUAGAAAGAUUUACGCCACUGCUCGAAAAAUUGAUCCAAAGCUCGUGGAUACAUGGGUUCAUGGCACGGCUUCUUAUCGAGGGAUAUUCGUGGUAUGCAUCAGCUUCCAGUAUCGUUGGGAGGUAAUGUACAAGACUACCCAGGAGCAAAAAGCUACGCUACUUUUCGGCUAUAUCGACUUGGACUCUCAAGUCUUCCACUUCCCUUGGCAGGACGAGAUACAAGCUGAUGUUUCGGAAGCGCUUGGAAGGGUAUUUCAAAAAUUGAAGAUGAGUGUAGAAGAACAUUUGUCAGAGACAGAUAUCACCUUGCGUUUCUACUACAAUGCCGUCAUUGUUGCACUUACCGGGUUCCAUGAUUCCAGCGACCAUCGUCUGCUAGUCGCACAGGCAAUACUGGAUCACUUGAUAAACGCUUUCAACGGCGUCGACAAUUUCUCCAAAGAAGCUCAAUUCUUGAAACUUAUAAGAGCAAAUGAGUCACAAUCACGAUUGGAAAUGCUUGCUGCGAUUCCCGAAUUCUUGCGCCUUAGGCUGCCUGAACUUCUCAAACACGAACGACUCAAAGUAUUGGUGGAUCAGUGUCCGGUGUGCGAGCAACCUCUUACAUUUGGGCCAUCAAACAGUGCUGAAUGUCUCAACAAACAUCCUUUGGGAGCAAGAUGUGAUCUUCUCACCUCCUCAUCACCCCUAAAAGCAAUGGCCAUGCCCAUACCAGAUCGUCAAAAGGGCCUAUCGAAGACCCUCAAAACCCGGCCUAUAUCAUUCGGUGGCAUCUUCUCCAAAAGCCCGAUCAUUGUGGCCGGCUCAGGCAACCCCAGACGUAGCAUGUCGACACGUAUGAGUACCGCUUCAGACGAGGAUAAUACAGACCAACAGGAUAGUAUUGCAUCUGUCAGUCCACAGCCAAAUCAAAAGGCCAUCCUUGGCUCAAAAUUCGGCAGCGAAGAUCAUUCCUCAAGCUCAGCUGUCGCGCUGCCCUUAGAGCCUAACCUGGUCAAUCUUGCCAAAGAAAAUGUCGACAAUCGCUUUUCCAAGUUCUCGUUCGUACCUUCGUACGCAACUUCUUCUGUAGGCGGAUCGCAAUCCGUCCUCGAGGGCCUAGACGAGCACCAAAGCGGACACAAAGAUGACCAAACUGCUUCACGGUUUGGCUCAGUCUCUACAUCGUCAGAGUAUCCACCGGGUACUAGUCAAAAAGUAAAGUCGCCUCCGCCUGGAAACAGGGCGCCCAAGAACAGCCUGGCCCACCCGAGCGAUGCAGAGUCGCUGUCCCACGUGAUGGAGCAGUCCUUCAACUUGGAAUCGAGUUCGUUCAGCUUUCUCGAUCAUGGAAGUGCAGGGAGCUCUGAAGAUGGUAUCAUGAUCGUAGGAGAGAGUGAAAGGGGAAGUGAGGCCUCUGUGCCGCUCGCAAUGCCUGUACUUCGCAAUGAUAUCCUCGUGAACAACACGAACUUGGUCAAAUCUCCCCUCCGACUUGAGAAAGACAGAGAUGACGACAAGAUAGAAAGACCUGACAUUGUAAUCCAAUCACCCAAUACUCCGACCUUCGCGCACGUAAAAGAAGAGCCAAAGAGCCCACGAGCUUCAAGGGCACUGCACGUACCAUUCCUCCAACGCUUCAAACCCGGCGGAAAGAAAGCUAAGAACCGUGACUCCUCUGGCACCGUCGAAACCGUAAAGAAUGUACCUCACGGCCAGCAGCACUUGGACUCCUUCUUCGAUGCCGCCUCCUCGGAAGGCGACGAAGAUCGCGCCCACGACGCCGAUGACGAGGAGGAUGCAGACGAUGGCCAGAAACCUUUUUUCUGGGCAACGCCACACAAGCCUCUUUUCGCAAGCCAACCCUCGUCCAGCACCGCAGCGGAUCUAUGA